AUGUCAACUGAAUAUGUGCAAGCAUCACAUGAUAUCUCAGAAGACAGAUUGGAUGGGCGAGAUACUCACUGUAACCACUUAGGUCAGUCUUCUCAGGGUGAUGUCAGCGCUUGCUGUGUAGCGAAAAGGUCUACUUUGCAUCAUUAAGCGCUGUCCAUUGCCAUCCCCUCCCCCUUCCCCCCACCCCCUCCAUGGAACAACUGCUGCUCUUGAAACCUGAUAGACGGUGCCUUCUGGUGACGCAUCUGAUGCCAGAUGGAGUGGCAAUGGGUGGGAAUGGGUGUUUGGUCGCUUCUCCCCCCCCCUUUUCUUUCUGCUGGGUUCAGCAUAUAAAUAUUAGCCAAAGCUCUAGAGACAAAUUAAUUAAAGAUGAAGAAGAAGAAAGGAGAGAAGGAACGCCGAAGCUUUCAUCUCGUCUCCUUUCAUAUUUCUGUGCACAUGUUCCACAAAAGCAGGCAAGUGUGCCAACGCAGGAUUUUAUGCAGCAAUGUUGCCUCGGGAGUUUAAACUUUCCUGCAAAUCUGUUGUCCUCUUUUGAAAAUAUGUGCUGUAGACAACAGCAUAGGGACUGGGAAGUUUGCAUUUAAAGUGAUCACAUCUAGUUCGCGCUUUUCAAAGCAAUGCAGGAACCAAAACACAGUCAGAAUUCCAUAUCCAUGUUUCUUUAAAAAUUUCAGCGCAAAUCCCCAGCCCCAUUAGUUGAACAAAAAUGCAUAUACUAGGGUAAAGUGUCAUAUGAAUCUUGGCUGUUUUCCCCCCCUCCUUAAGCUGUAGUUUCAGGGAAGUGCAAAGCUGUUGAGAAAGUAGCUGUUCAAGGCUGAACGUUGUCUGAUUAUUUUGAUAAUAGUUGUAUACUUUGCUUUGUUUGAUGCAGAUAACCUUUCCGAACAGUUGCUCAAAAGCUGUGAACUCAAAAAGAUACCAAGAAAGGGCAAAGCUCUUCAGGUCUCUCAGAAAAGUGAGCUUGAACAGAAAAAACCGAAGAGAAAAGAUACGCCAGCAAUUCACACGCCUCCACCAAUAGUGGGUGAGAAUUCCUGAAAUUGCCACUUGAGUUAUUGCUCAACCACUUAUACCUACAUGGAUCACAAGCGGAGUAAUAAUGUGUCUUCUGCUACUGCUUCCUAAACCUCUCUGUAGUGCAGGGAUGAGAGGCCCUCAGGGCUUCAGAUAUUGUUGCUCCAACUCCCAUGACCAAUAGCAGAGGUGGAUUUAGGGCAGUGCCAGCAGAUGGGCCACAAUGGGCACCAUGGGAGGGGGUGCCUUCUCAAAGACUGGUAAGCACUUGCCUGGCUUCAGGAAAGAGGUGUGAGGACUCUGUCAGGGCCCUAAAGUCCUCCUUCCUCCUUCCCGAAGCCAAGCAAGUUCUUACCGGGCUUUGGGGAGAAGGUAGGUGGACUCUAGGACCCCACCAGAGCCUUGUGCCUCCUUCUCAAAGCCCGCGCAUCAAAUGUUGGCCUCACAAAGGGCAGCAUAUUACCAAGGCCAGUGCCAGAUUUACAUAUAAGCUAAACAAGCUAUAGCUUUUGGGCCCCCCAAAAAAAUUUAAAGGAAAAAAAAACUGGAUGUACCUUUCCAAAAUAUAAGAUAAAAAAACAAAUAAAAUAAAACCUACAUGCAGCAACAGUGUUUCACUAUUCAUAUACUUCUUCUUAAUUGUCUUUCAGUUCAACAAUUACUUUAAUAAAAUACAUAUUUUGUUAUGUCCAAAGGGCUUCAGAUACCUAUUAAAUCCAUAAAUUAUCAUAUAGCAUAUAUCCGACACAAAAAACAGUGACAAUUUGUUGCUGACAAAGGACAGCUGGACAUAUAAAGGGCCCCAUUACCUUCAGUAGCUUAGGGCCUCAUCAAGCCUAAAUCCGUCCCUGACCAAGGCCGGCCCCUGUCAAUGGACAGGGAUGAUGGGAAUUGUAAUCAGAGAACAUCAGAGAGGGCACAAAUUCCCCACCCCACAUGUCAUGCUAUAAGAUGUAGGAUGCAGUAGAUGUCCCAAUAAUUUUUUCUGCCUGCGUUGGGACAGCAAAUGGUGUCCUGUCUGCACAUCCCAGUGCAUAAUGACCCAGGCUGUCCAUGUUAAUUGGGCACCUGAGGAUGACAAUCCCUCAAAGCGCAAAGAUAGAGUUCAGAGCAUUCCUAACUCCUGAUCCAACAUGCUCGGGGGGUUAGGAUGUGGCAAGGCUCAUUGCCUGGCUCUGUUCAGCUCCUUCAUUGGAGAUGGUGGGCCUAUGCUGCUGUAAAGGUCCCCACUGUGUCUGAGCACGGGUGGCGCUGUGGUCUAAACCGCUGAGCCUCUUGGGCUUGCCGAUCAGAAGGUCAGCGGUUCAAAUCCACUCAACGGUGGUGAGCUCCCGUUGCUCUGUCCCAGCUUUUGCCAACCUAGCAGUUCGAAAGCACACCAGUGCAAGUAGAUAAAUAGGUACCGCUGUGGUGGGAAGGUAAAUGGCAUUUCCGUACGCUCUGGCUUCUGUCACAGUGUCCUGUUGCGCCAGGAGCGGUUUAGUCAUGCUGGCCACAUGACCGGAAAGCUGUCUGUGGACAAACGCCGGAUUCCUUGACCUGAAAAGCAAGAUGAGUGCCACAACCCCAUAGUCGCCUUUGACUGGACUUAACCAUCCAGGGGUCCUUUACCAUUACCUUUACAAAUGGGUGGAAGCCAUCCCUGCGUGUGUGUAGUGUAAAAACUACACACACACAAAGCACAUGAGGCAUUUCAAAGGCAGGAAAGGGGAUGGAGUUGAGCUGGCCAAGGCUCCUUCUCGGCAGUGGCACCCUCCCAACAGAUGUCAAGGAGAUAAAGAACUAUAAAACUUUUAGAAGGCAUCUGAAGUCAGCCCUGUAUUGGGAGGUUUUUAAUGUUUGACAUUUUAUUACGUCGUUAAAUGUGUUGGAAGCCAUCCAGAGUGGCUGGGACAACCCAGCCAGAUGGGUGGAUAUUGUUGUCGUUGUUGUUGUUGUUGUUAAACCAGUCCAGCUACACCAGUAGACCCAAGCCAGGGUUUCUGCUGUGACAACCUAGACCUUAUGCAGCAGACAUUACAGCUUUUACUGGCCUCCCAUGUUCCACCCUGGUCACUGUGAGAAGCAGGGCUAUGGGGUAGUGUUAGUGGCUCUGUGACUCUUGACCCAUCCAAUUGUAGGAGCUGAUGUCAUGUGUGGGGGGGGGCCUUAUUUCCCAAGCGGGGUUUUUGCUAGUGAAAAUGGAGAAGACCAUUAUGGUUUGCAAAAGCUAACGUCCAGUCCUAAUGGCGUUUCUGCAGGCAUUCUUUCAGACCACUUAAUUAGGAGGUGUGACUUCUCUGAGAAACCUCCGAAGGGUAAUGGCAGCCCAGCCCUUCAGAAAAUGGAAGAGGAACAGAGAAAACCCAGAAGGAAAAACACGCCAGCGAUCAAUACACCCCCUCUACUUGCAGGUAAGGGAAAUGCGAAGGAGAGCACUUCUUAAAGCAUCACGCAUGGGUUUGAACAUGAUGUGUCUCAGCGAUAGUCUCUGUAUUUAAAUAUCUAUUUUGAAAAAAUGGCAGGGGGCACAUCUGCAUGAGCACUGUGUAACUUCAGGUUUGCUAGGCUUGUAGAAACAGAGACUUUUAAUUGUUAGAGGAGAUGCUCGCAUAUUAUGUUUUCACUUUUCUAUCUUUCCACUUUUCCUGGACCCAUAGUGAGCGUUUCCCCUUUCUACUUACUAUUCUCUUCCUUUACAAUUCUGUAUCUAUAUGUUCACUGGAAUACUCAUCCCCACCCCCAAUCCAGUGAACAAAGGUGUGACUUGUUAAUGGCCUUUCAAGACAAAACCAGGCUAAUUUUCUUACAUCGAAACCCUGCACUGGGAAACUUUUGACCCUCUGAAAUGAUGAUGGACUAUAGCUGUCAUCAUCCCUGACCAUUGGUCAUGCAGGUUGGGACUGAUGGAAGAUGAAAUCCAACAUCACCUGAAGGGCCACAGGCCCCCAGCCCUGCUAAUGCACCAACGGUAGCCAAUAUGGCAUCCUCCAGAUGUUGUGGACUACAACUCCCAUCAUCCCUGACCAUUGGCUGGGGUUGGUGGGAGUUGGAGCCCCUCAACAGGUGGAGGGCACCAUGUUCUCUAUACCUGUUAUGCACACUGACUUGGGAAUAAAGAGUUCUAAGGAAUUCCUUAAAACUCCACCUGGAAACAUACACUAGAAACAGUCUAAGCACCUUGCCGUCAUUUGUCUUGAGUUAACACGGAGCAAGUCACCCCGGGACUCGCCACUACCAGGAAAAACUGUACAGAAAAAACAUGGCUGACCCCAUGCAAACAACUGUCUGAUUCCUUAGAGAAGCAGUUUUUUUGUGUACAAUAUUAACUUUAAUUGCACAACCUGAAUUUGGCAGCAUGUGCUGGGAGCCCAAUUUGAAAAUAGCAACAGUCUGGGAGCAUCCUGAGAGGACAUUUUUAUUUCCUUUCAGCACUGUAGAAUGAUGGUUGGUGUUGGAAUCUAUCACCUACUAAAACAUAUGUUCUCUUAACCACUUAUUCAUCGCAAAGAAAUUACAUCCCUUUCAUGUUUCGACUUUAAUCCAAUCUGGUCAUUUCAUGCAGCAUUUUCCUUGGUUAAUACCAGGAAAGCGUUCUCCUUUGACUGGAGCGCAGAAGUGAACAAAGCCAUUCUGUGUGGCGCUGCUUCUUUUUCUCCUUCUUUGGACUUCAUGAAGUGCUUCAUUAUUUGAAAGAUUUUUCAUAGCAGAAAAGACGGGAAAUGGCGAGGCCUAAUUGAAUCAACACAGCCAGCCACUAAACCCAAAAGGCCCACUGACAGCAAUCUACAGGAGGCUGAUUUAUUAGUGAAACUUGCUUGGCCUCAGACUGUGAUGUUCCUCAAUCAGUUUAUAUGACUCACUAACUUUUGACAAGCAAGGAAGAAUGUACAGGGUAUUUGUUUUGUUUUCCAAUGGAAGUCAGUAAACUCACAAAAAUGGCAAUUAUUGCCCCCCUUCCCCGGCCAUCUUUCUCACAACAAUCUUUUAAGUUGGUUAGCAAGAAGAAGAAACUUAGCUGGUUUUCAAUUACAUUCUGCAUACAAAUUUGACUCUUUAGCAUUUGACAAAGAACAGCGGAUGUAACUCUUUGUGUCUGAAAAUCGAAAGAUUUCUGCUAACCUAGCAUUCUGGCUGCAAGCUCACCUGGAGUAAGUUGUGCUGCUUAAACCUGUUGUGGAGCACAGUUCUUAUUCCUAUUCACUCAGAAGUAAAUCCAUAUGUGUUCAGUGGGGCUUACUCUCAGGAAAGUGUGCAUAGGAUUGCAGCCAAGAGCAAAGGAUUUUGCUGCGUUGGAUCUUCUUGCCUUCAAAAGCAGUAAGGGAAUCUCACAACCCAAAUGUAUAGAAUAGUUCAUUUUUAAGGCAAGCAAUCUGUCAGAGAUGCCAAUCUUAAUAUUAUUUAUAAUAUAAAACAAAUGAACAUGGAGAGAGGCGCAUUUCCAUCUUCCUUAUAACUGGCAGGUGGGCCAUGAAUGUUCUCUCUUUUAUUGAGACUUGCGUUUUAGAAAUUGUUGGGCACAGACAACCAUGAGGAAGUCAAUGCGAGUCCCCCAAAAACUCAAUGGAAAAUUUUAAUUAUAGCCUGCAAGUACACAGCUACAAUUUUCAGAUUCUGUAACAAACCAGAAGAUAUUUAUGGGAAUGUUUUCAUACACCUUCUGUGUUGCUAGGAGGUUAAACCAGGACAUAGGGAGGACAUUCUGGAGGUUUCUAGAAUGAGCCACAUGGCUUGGGUGCGGUUUCCAGGACUUGGAUCAAUGUGGGACAUCCUUUAGACUAGCAGAGCUUGGCCACCCAAAUAUGUUAAAACCCCAGUAUUUGGGGAGGAAAUCCACAAGCAGGAUGAACUGCCUAAUGCUGAACACAACCAUCUCAAAGAACUUUAAUUCUUAAUAGACAAAGAUGGGGAAAACACCCAGUGUAUGAACAUCUAUUCACAAAUGAGGAAAUGAGGUGAUGUGUCUUGCAUCCCACCCAAAUGCCAAACAUCAUACAGUGGUACCUCAGGUUAAGUACUUAAUUCGUUCCGGAGGUCCGUUCUUAACCUGAAACUGUUCUUAACCUGAAGCACCACUUUAACUAAUGGGGCCUCCUGCUGCCGCCGCGCUGCCGGAGCACAAUUUCUGUUCUUAUCCUGAAGCAAAGUUCUUAACCUGAAGCACUAUUUCUGGGUUAGCAGAGUGUGUAACCUGAAGCAUAUGUAACCUGAAGCGUAUGUAACCCGAGGUACCACUGCACUCAGUUAGCCAAGCAGUUGUUGGUUUUGGGUAAUCAAAUCAGCUGAAAUUGCUAACUAUUCCUAAAGCUUAGGAGAAUUGAUAUAAUUUUAAAAGCAUAGCUGUGCAUAUAUAAAAUACCAAGGUGAAGCAGGUAGCCAUAUAUCCCGUUUUUUGAUGGGCUUAAGUAUUUAAGGCAGCAAUGCUGAAUUUCAUACAGAGGGCAAAAAGAGAUUUAGAGCAACUCAGUAAUGCAAAGGCUGAUUAUACAAAAUCAGCUCAAAUACGUUUCUUAGUUUUGAAAUAUAAGCAGCCUUAUACCCUUCUGGCUAGAAACAUUUUUUCUCAUAUAUUGCCCCCCCCCCCCGCUUUGCAGGGAGUUUUCCAGGUGAAGCAUUGGUACCCACUUCCACCUGCAGUUUAAAGUGGUGCUAACCAGGCUACCAUCUCAGCAUUCGAUCACCUCACAAAACAGAGUCUCCUAAAGUCAUGUUUAAUUCCCCUACCAUCAUUCAGAGCUGUUCCGCCUGGCCCUUGGUUUGGACUCGGUCUGACCCUUAUGUUUCCCUCCCCUUAUGGUCUUGAUUUAUCAGCUACUUUAAAAUGAGGCUGCAUAUUAAAUUGCAUUUUAACCUGUAUUUUAAAUUGGUCCCCCCCCCUCUUUUUUCCCCUAUUAUGUUUUUACUGUGAUUUUAUUGGUGUUAGCCGCCCUGAGCCCGGCUCUGGCCGGAGAGGGUGUGGUAUAAAUAAAAUUAUUAUUAUUAUUAUUAUUCCAAAAUCUAUAUUAUAACAAUACCUUUAUUAGGACAACCAAAAUGUCACAGAACAUUGUAUAAGGUUUUCAGAAGUCUUUGCCAGGCUAGAUCAUCAAAAGUUAGGCUGUUGGCCAAGCUAGCUGAGGUUGAUGGGAGCUGCAGGCCAAGAACAUUGGGAGCAGGUGCACCAGCUCCUAGGGACGGAGGGGUCUUCAGCCCCUUCAAUAUUGGCUGACAUGGGGCAGACCCCCUCGAUGUUGAGGGGGUGGUAGAGGCCGAGCAUGGUGCAGUUCAACGGCUGAAUCCUCCUGAGUACAAGAGAGGAAGCUGCGCUGUGAAUAGCUCCCCUCUGGGCCUCCUCCCAACAAUGCGCAGGAGUGUGACAGUGUCUCUGAUCAGUAGGGUGGGUGCACAACGAUUCUACAUCCCUCUCCACCCCCAUCAUCCAGCCGGGACACUGAGGUCCAGCGCUGAGGGCCUUCUGGCAGUCCCCUCGCUGCGAGAAGUGAGGUUACAGGGAACCAGACAGAGGGCCUUCUCGGUAGUGGCACCUGCCCUGUGGAACACCCUCCCACCAGAUAUCAAGGAAAUAAGCAACUGUCUUACUUUUAAAAGACAUCUGAAGGCAGCCCAGUUUAGGGAAGUUUUUAAUGUCUGAUGCUGUAUUGUUUUUAAUAUUCAGUUGGAAGCUGCCCAGAGUGGCUGGGGAAACCCAGCCAGAUGGGCGGGGUAUAAAUAAAUUAUUAUUAUUAUUAUUAUUAUUAUUAUUAUUAUUAUUAUUUGGGAGGGGGCAGCAGAAAGCCAAUGAAGCUCCUUUAAGUGUUCUGCCCUCUUAUCCUGGAUCUCCCAUGUUUCAUCUCCUUUGGACCUGAAGGUUCUGAAGCUGCAAAUCUGAUUUCAGUGAAAUUUCUGCACAUACACAAGUCACUAGUCAUCAGAUCUCUUUCCGUCACCAUGGGUAACCUAGCAAGUUUAACGCCCAGAGAGUGAUUGGUCAAAGGCGAAUGGUCCACAGAGAUAUUUAAUCUAAGCUUCUUCUUUUUUGCUUGUUUCAGGUAUUAAACUACUUAAAGAAGAUCAGCAGACUGUGAUUGUUGAAGAUGAAGAAAAGGAGGGAGAAACUUCAGCUUUUUAG